AUGCCGGCUCAGAAGCGGCCAGCGCCGUCGGCAGCCUCGAGCUCAAAGACCCCAAGCGCUGCCGAAGUCGCCGACGGUCAAGGCCCAAACUGGAAGAAGCGGAAGCAAGAGCGGGCUCAUACUGCUCGCUUCAUCCAGACUCAGUCCGCGGCAGCCACAAGCUCCUCAGCCAGCAGCUCACGGACGGUCUCAAAAUCUUCCACCCCCAUUCCUGGACAUUCCUCAACCACUACAGCAUCGAAUCUGCCAACCAGCAUCGAGCUGGAGUCGCUUGUAUCCUCACGAGCCUUCCAGAUCCAGAGCUUUCUCCGCUCCAUCAAGUCGGCCAAAUCAGCGACCACCACCAGAGCAUGGCAACUACUUCCUCGACAUGCGCGCAGGCGCGCUGCUUCGCACAAUCUUCUCCGACUGCCAUCACGACUUCGCUCCAAAGCACUCGCGGAGCUCCGCAGCAGCACGACCCAGGCUCGAUCACGGUCCGACAUCAGGAAGAGGCUUCCUAGUCAUGGUGUCAUCCAAGCCACUCUCAGGCGCAAGAAGCUGGCCGAGAGAGCGUCUCACCCGCAGAGGAGGUGGCUCGAGACACACCUCUGGCACGCGAAGAGGUUCAGGAUGACAACGGAAAAGGGCAAGGGAAAGGAGAGAGAUCAGGGCACCAAAUACGGCAGAUGGGGCUUUGUGCUGCCCGAGACGACCAUGAUGAAGAGUCAUCGGGCGAGCUGGAGGAGUGCAAGAGAAUUCGUGACCGUGCACGAUGCGAGCUACUCCUCGGUCUUUCGCUUGGGCGCUCGCGUAGCUGUCAGCGACGGUCUGUCCAGCGACGCCGUGAACUCGACAUUGCUCGGACGACUGAGCGACAGCUUGAGCAGAGCAGGCUUCGCCAACGUCCUCGCCUUUGCCACCGACACUUCACAAUCGAUUCGAGUUCUCGACACCGUUCUUACACACCAGGGAGCGGACCCGAACCAUAGCUCCACAGCGGCGGCGCUCGCACCCGUGCGCAUCGUCCUGCUCUCCGGUGCUCGUUGCUUUUCGAAGAGCGCGCUCGUUCAGGACAAACUCGCAUACAUUCGCAAGGAGGCCUUGGUCUUUGCUCACCCAGCGGCUGAUCUACACGUGCGUCGAGCCCUCAAAGCAGCCGGUAUCAUCAUGGUCGACGAGAAGAAGAAUGGACUCUUCGAGCUCGUAGCACCUGCGACGAAUGUGGUGCAGACGUAUGCAUCUCAAUUGGAUUCGGCGCCCGACCCGUGGCUGGCAGCAGGAGGGAAGGACAGCUCUCUGUCCAAACUCGAGAAGAAGCGCAGACGGCAAGCAUAUCGAGCCGGAAGCGCUAAGACUUCGAUCACAACAGAUACGAAUGGCUUAGCUGACUCAAAACAGGGUUCUACCUUGCUAGACGACGAAGCCGAGUUGAGGCGGAAGCAAGGCUACAACAUCUUCGAGCUUAUCGGCCCUCGCGCUGCUCCAUUACUGCAAGCGGUGCUCAGGUUGGCGCAAGGCAGCAGCGGCAAGGAUGACGAGAUCAAACUUCGCCGAUUCUUGAGCAAGAAAGACGGUACGGGUACCGCCAUGGUCGAAGUGCGAGUAAACGAUCCGCGCCUCUCGUAUCCUCCGAAGCUCAAGCCUCUUUCGACCGAUGCAGAUGCAUCAUCGGAAGCGUCGAAAGAUACUGAAGAAGUCAAAUCGGACGAGCUCUUCUGGAUGGGCGCCAAACCGCCACGCUUCAGCAAAGGCGAAAUCGACUCCAGAAGGGCUCUCAAUACGAUCUCCGGAUCUCGACUGCAGCCCGAUUCGCGCGACGAUGCUGUGCCUGUUGUCAUUGUCCGCGAUCGGGUCGUGCAAAAGCCGUCGGUGGACCGCUACACCCUCAUCGUUCCGCGCGGAUGGGGAAUGGCGUUCUUCCUGUCGCUUGUCGCUACACAUCAAUCAGGCGCUUCGAGCGGAGCCAGAGUGCUAGGUCAGCAUCAGCUGAAGCACCAGAGACUCGAGUUGGCAGCUCUGUCUUCAGCUGCCGGGACGAGCAAGCAAGGAGCAGAGGCAGGGAUGUUGAGCUACCCACACAACUGGAUUGGCACGCAGACGUACGCGGUGAGCGAGAAGGAGGCAGCCCUGUCAGGGCAGGAAGAGUGGGGCAGGAGACCGAAGGGCAAGAGAACAGAGUAUCUGUUCCCGUCACACAAAGAUUGGCAGGCUUUUCAGCAGACACAUACGGCAGAGCAAGUCACGACAAAGCUCGCACGAGAUCGAACGGGUGCAGCGAGGCCGUAUCCGUUCGGUGGUUCACGACACUCGGAAUGGAUCGUAAGCAACUCGGAAAGGCUAUUCAGCCGAGAAGCGCCACUGUACUCAGGACUGGCUGCUUACUUUCAGCCUUGGCUCGUCGCCAAUGCCGGAAUCUCGAAGGUCGAGGCUGCACUUUCAGCCUCCUCGCUCGCCUCGGCCAUGGUCGCUGUCAAGCUGCACGCCAUCCGAAAAGGAACCGUCAUGCCACUCAGCAGCCUGAUGCUUGCUUCCUCGUUCGACGACCAUCUGAGCUGGAUACAGCACCUCGAUCCCAUCGACCAUCCAGCGGCAGUGAUCAAUCGAAACAGUACUGGAGGAAGCAAGAUCGACAAGCAGCAUCUCAAGACGCUGAUCGAGCGACGAUGCGAGAUCAUGCAACUUGGACGCAGUGCUCCUGCUACCUCAACCGUCUCGAAACGAAAAGAUGCCCGCAUUCCCGCCGACAAUGCCUGGAGCAAGUACCUCGUCGAAGCAUCCGACCCGGAGGAGCUGCACGAUCGCAGCGCCGACUGGAACAACGCUAUUGGCACCGUGCUGGACGGCGACUACUCGUUGGGCAACGGCAAAGGGUUCGGUAUCGGAGCUGUUACGCUGCGCGCCUGGGUGGAGGUGCUUGAUCGUCAGCGCAGGAUCGAAGCAUUGAAGGUGGAGGACAAGGGUCGGAGGCAGCCACGCAAUCCGGUUGAGACGACAAAUCUGCUGCUGAUGCGCGAGCCGGGCACGUCGGUGGUUCGUGCUGUCAGUGCCAGUGUUAUACCCCUCAUGUGA